AUGGCGAUUGUAUAUGCUCAACCCAAGAAAUAUCUACUUCCUCUUGUGUUUUUUCUCUUCUGUAUCUCCGUCAUCAUUCUCCUCAUUCUCGUCUCCGAGACCACUCACUCUCUCGCCGGACAAGAAACCACUUUCCGGCGAAAUCACGGUGAUGUUCCUCCUUUCACUUUCCUCAUCAAGGUCCUCACAUUCAACCGUCUCCACUCUCUCUCCCGCUGUCUCGAAUCUCUCUCCGCCUCUGAUUACGGCGUUUCCGGCGACAGAGGUCGCAUUCACCUCCACGUCUAUAUCGAUCAUUUCUCGCUCUCGCGGAACGUUAAAUCGGUGGGAGAUAAAUUGAAGAGCGCGAAGGAAAUCCUGGAGUUUGUGGAUAGAUUCGAGUGGAGAUUUGGGGAAAAAGUGGUUCACUAUAGGACUGAUAACGCCGGAUUACAAGGGCAGUGGCUGGAAGCUUGGUGGCCGAGCUCAGAUCACGAAUUUGCGUUUGUCGUUGAAGAUGAUCUUGAGGUUUCUCCGCUUUAUUACAUGUUUCUGGAACGCGUGAUUCGUGAUUACUACUAUGAUGCUUCCAAUUUCAAUCCUUCUAUCUAUGGAGCUUCGCUUCAGAGACCAAGGUUGGUUCCAGGUAAACAUGGAAAUAAACUACUUGUAGAUCCGAAAACGAAUGUUUUCUUAUAUCAGUUGGUGGGAACUUGGGGACAGCUUCUCUUCCCAAAACCGUGGAAAGAGUUCAGAUUAUGGUAUGACGAGCACAAAUCGAAUGGCAAGAAGCCUUUCCUUGAUGGCAUGGUGUCGAAUGGGUGGUAUAAGAGGAUGGGAGAACGAAUAUGGACACCUUGGUUCAUAAAGUUUGUUCAGUCUCGUGGCUAUUUUAACAUCUACACCAAUUUCCCAAAUGAGGGUGCUUUAAGUGUCUCUCACAGGGAUGCUGGUGUUAACUAUAGAAAAUCCGCUGGUGCGGAUUCGCAAUUGUUGAAUAAAAGCUCUAUCGGUUCUGAUUUUCUGAAACUCCAACCCUUGAGCAAUCUUAAGUGGUACGAUUACUGUUUCAGUGAAGUUGUUCCUGGUAGAGUUGUGAGAAACCUGAAUGAUCUUGGCACCACUCUUCCUUCUGUGCAGAGAGAGAAAACCAUAAUUCUGGUCAGUCUAUUUGCUGCAGACAAGAUGUUUAUCAGGAACUUGCUCUGCCAUUUCGAGAAGCUUAACACUCGAAACCACAUUUUUAUAGGCCCUACCUCUGAGUUGUUCUAUGAUCUUUCAAGAAGGGGAUAUCCUGUGAUUGAUGCGGAUAUGUUUCUCGACAGAUUGAUCAAAAGCAAAACGCCGUACCCAAACUCAGUGAAGGAGACUCUGGCCAAUGCUUACGUUGUUAAGAAAUGCUUAGAUCUUGGAUACAGCACUUGGGUAUUUUCAAGUAAUGCACUUUUGGUGGAUAAAGGUCCAUUCAUUGACAGAAUCAGCUCAGAAUAUGACUUCUAUGUUGGGGAAAGAUCUGGAAUUUUGAUUGUUCAGUCUUCACCGGUCACUCAAAAGUUAUGGAGCAAUGAGUUUCUACAGAGCAUUGCUUCGUCAGCAACUAAGAAUCCAUCCCCAAAACCAAGUCUAGAUUUUAUUCAUCUAGUGAAAGAGCUAGUGAAGCGAAAGGGCAAGAGGAUUAAGACUAUAGAGAGGAUGGGUAUUGCAGAGAAUAUCGAUGCCAAAAGCGUAAACCAAUCUUUGGGAGAUGGCAAACCGUUGGUGUAUUGGUCGCCCGAGGUUGGUUCCAGUAUCGUUCAGACAAAGCUUACGGAACUGAACUUGUGGCUCAUUGAUGAUGACCUCUCUUGCAAGGCUGUGCUUUGUCAUAAUUCAUAA